AUUCAACUCCUCUAAAAUUAAAAGCUAUUGAGAGGAAGACACGUAAGAUGUUCUGACACCACAUCUCUUCUCUUCAAAAACUCAGCUCCUUUUACUUCUCUUCGCCGACCAGAGUCUUUCUUUCACAUAAGCUUCUUGUGUUGUCUACCAAAUCUCCACAGAUGGCUGCUUCAACGUCUUGUCUCAUCGGGAGCGGAUUAUCUGUCCACGCAACUAAACAUAGAUUCAAACAGCUUGGACUCUCCUCAACGUUUGCGUCAGUCGAUAGGACACCCAAAGUCACUCUCGUGAAGGCUUCUUUGGAUGUGAACAAACACGAAGCGAGAAGAGGCUUCUUCAAGCUUUUGCUUGGAAACGCCGCAGCUGCGGCGGGAGUCGGUUUGGUCGGAAGCGGGAAAGCAAACGCAGAUGAACAAGGUGUCUCAUCGUCGAGGAUGUCUUACUCCAGGUUCCUCGAGUAUCUAGACAAAGGAAGGGUCGAUAAAGUAGAUUUGUAUGAGAACGGGACGAUAGCUAUCGUGGAGGCUGUUUCUCCUGAGCUAGGCAACAGGAUCCAGCGCGUGCGCGUGCAACUUCCGGGGCUGAGUCAAGAGCUUCUCCAGAAGCUGAGAGCAAAGAACAUCGACUUCGCAGCACAUACUGCUCAGGAAGACCAAGGCUCUCCGUUGCUCAACUUGAUUGGGAACCUCGCGUUCCCUCUGAUUCUCAUCGGCGGUUUGUUCCUUCUCUCGAGACGGUCCUCUGGUGGAAUGGGUGGCCCCGGCGGUCCUGGCUUCCCGCUUCAGAUCGGUCAGUCCAAAGCGAAGUUCCAGAUGGAGCCAAACACUGGAGUAACUUUCGACGAUGUUGCUGGAGUAGAUGAAGCCAAGCAAGACUUCAUGGAAGUGGUGGAGUUUCUCAAGAAGCCUGAGAGGUUCACUGCUGUUGGCGCGAGGAUCCCGAAAGGUGUUCUCCUCGUUGGUCCUCCCGGUACUGGAAAAACACUGUUAGCAAAAGCCAUCGCUGGUGAAGCUGGUGUGCCUUUCUUUUCAAUCUCAGGUUCUGAGUUCGUUGAGAUGUUUGUCGGUGUUGGUGCUUCGAGGGUCCGUGAUCUUUUCAAAAAGGCCAAGGAGAAUGCUCCGUGCAUUGUCUUUGUGGAUGAGAUUGAUGCCGUCGGUAGGCAGAGAGGAACUGGAAUCGGUGGAGGUAAUGACGAGAGAGAACAGACGCUUAACCAGCUCUUGACGGAGAUGGAUGGUUUUGAAGGUAACACUGGUGUGAUCGUGGUUGCUGCAACCAACAGAGCGGAUAUUCUUGACUCCGCCCUGCUUAGACCAGGCCGUUUUGACCGGCAGGUGUCUGUUGACGUUCCAGAUGUUAAGGGAAGAACAGAGAUACUCAAGGUUCACUCUGGGAACAAGAAAUUCGAGGGUGGUGUUUCACUAGAAGUAAUAGCCAUGAGAACGCCUGGAUUCAGUGGAGCUGAUCUUGCGAACCUCUUAAACGAAGCUGCCAUAUUGGCUGGACGACGUGGGAAGACGGCGAUAUCGUCUAAAGAGAUUGAUGAUUCGAUUGAUAGGAUUGUAGCUGGGAUGGAAGGAACUGUGAUGACAGAUGGGAAGAGCAAGAGCUUGGUUGCUUACCAUGAAGUUGGACAUGCCGUCUGUGGAACGUUGACUCCAGGACAUGAUGCUGUACAAAAGGUCACAUUGAUUCCAAGAGGACAAGCGAGAGGUCUGACUUGGUUCAUUCCCUCUGAUGAUCCAACUCUAAUCUCCAAACAGCAACUAUUUGCGAGAAUCGUUGGUGGGCUCGGUGGUAGAGCUGCUGAAGAAGUCAUCUUUGGUGAGCCGGAGGUGACUACUGGUGCAGUUGGUGACUUGCAACAGAUCACCGGUUUGGCUAAACAGAUGGUGACAACAUUUGGGAUGUCUGAAAUUGGACCAUGGUCGUUGAUGGACUCAUCAGCUCAGAGCGAUGUGAUCAUGAGGAUGAUGGCAAGAAACUCAAUGUCUGAGAAGCUUGCAAACGACAUCGAUUCAGCGGUGAAGACCCUGUCAGACAGUGCGUACGAGAUAGCUUUGGGGCACAUAAGGAACAACCGUGAAGCCAUGGACAAGAUUGUUGAAGUGCUUUUGGAGAAAGAGACGAUGUCAGGGGAUGAGUUCCGAGCAAUCUUGUCUGAGUUUACAGAAAUCCCACCUGAAAACCGUGUUGCCUCUUCAACCUCAACAUCAACACCAACACCAGCUUCUGUCUGAGUGAAUAAAAGAGACUUUGAAUAUCUGUGUAUAUCUUUGAGAUACUCUUCCCCCAUACUGUGUUACAAGUAUAUAUAGAAAGAACUGUUUCAAACUCAAA